AUGUCCUCAGAGUCCACUGCCCUGAAGCCCGCCGCGCUCUCCCGCCCGCCGCUCAACGCUAUUGCCCCGCAUCUGCGCGCUCGCUUCGACCCGGUCUUCGUGCGUUACCAUGAAGCCUACGCUGUCGGCCGUCUGCACACGCACCAAGUUCCCAUCACCGACUUCCGCGCCAACCCUCGCAAGUACAUCACCAGCUUUGGCAAAGCAAUCGCCGACGCCCCAAACGUUGGCCGCAUAAGUGACAUCGAAUGUCCUGUGGACAAUGGCAAGAACAGGAUAAAGAUCAGAGUCUACGAGCCGAAGGAAGGCGCGUUCAAGGACGAGGGCAAAGGCAGGCCGGUGUUUGUGAACUACCACGGCGGCGGUUGGGUCUUUGGCGACAUCGACACGGACACGGAGCACUGCAAACGCAUAGUCAACGGCACGGGCGCUGUGGUCUUUGACGUGGAAUACCGCUGCUCGCCAGAGUACCCAUUCCCCGUCCCUGUCGAGGACGCGUGGGAUGGGCUGCUGCACGUUGUGAAGACGCAGGCUCAACCUUUCCACCUCGACACUUCACGCGUUGCAGUCGGGGGCCCGUCGGCAGGCGGGCAUCUCAGCGCGGUCGUCGCUCAGCGCGCGCGGGACGCGGGGAUACCGCUCGUGCUGCAGCAAUUGCACGUACCAGUGUGUGAUAUGGAUCAGUUCGACGAGCAAGGGCGGAUCAAGGAGGACGCACCGUACGAGAGUUAUCGGGAGAUGUAUGAGACGGUGCCGCUGAGUGGGGAGCGGAUGGAAUACUUCGCGCGGCAUUUCCUGGGGGUGCCGAGAGCGAAGGGAACGUACAAUAAUCCUGCGGUAUCGCCUAUCCAUGCUCCGUCACUCGCGAAUCUUGCGCCCGCGCUCGUCGUUACGGCGGAGAUGGACCCGUUAAGGGACGAGGGAUACGAAUACUACAAGAAGCUCAAGGCGGCCGGGAACGACGCAGAAUACUACAUGAUGCCAGGUAUGCCACACACAGCGGCAAUACUGGACGACAUUUGCGCAGAGGGUCAGAAGUGGAAUGGCAUGGUCAUCUCAUCAUUGAAGAAAGCGUACGGGCUAUCGUGA